AUGUUCGGUACAAAGCCUGCCGGUACAUCAACCGGCCUGUCCAUCAACACUGGUUCUGCCAAUUCUCUAUUUGGCUCUGGAACCAAUACGCAGACCAGCACUACAACAACACCGGCGACUACUACUACCUCCGGUGGGUUAUUCGGUAAUCUUGGAAAUACUGCCACACAGUCAAAGCCAGCCGGUGGCCUAUUUGGAAACGCAGGAGGCGCUACACAGCAAUCUCAGCCUGCCGGUUCGAGUCUGUUUCCGGGGUUAGGCGGCCAGCAGUCGAAUACUACUUCAACUGGCGGGGGUCUGUUUGGAAAUUCUACUGCUACAACUUCGCAACCACAGACAGGUGGUCUUUUCUCAGGAGCCACCACCACGACCAACAACACACAAAGCGGGAACACUGGUGGGGGCCUAUUCGGCAAUCUGGGCGGUAACACCGCAAAUCAGACGCAAUCAAAGCCACUUUUUGGUGGACUUGGGGGCUCUACGACUACCGGAGGGGGCCUAUUUGGCGGCGCCAACCAAACCAGCGCGCAGCAGCAGCAGCAGCAAUCACAGAAGCCUACUCUGUCUUUGUUUGGAAAUCAGAAUACCACAACACAACCAACGACACAACCCGCGGCCGCGGCCGGGACAACGGUCAUCCCUGGGGUCAAGGUCGAUAUCAGCAACAUUCUUCCGACAACGAAAUACGAGAGCUGCGCAGAUGAGAUCAAAUCGGAGUUGGAAAAGUUUGAUAACUUCGUCCUCAACCAGAUCAAGAUAUGCAACGAGGUUGCGAACAUGAUACCUACUAUUGCGGGCCAGGGAGAGACGAUUCCACAUGAUGUUGAAUUUGUCCAAGGAAAACUAGAGACGAUGCAGCACGCACUCGAGAAUGACGCAGGUGACAUUGAUCAGCUUCGCAAUCUUGUGUCUCGCGACGCAGCUGAGGCUCAAGUUGCAUUCCGAGCGAUUGAUACCUUGAAGUUGCCACUGCAGUAUCAAUCUACCGGUGGGGCUGGAUGGUGGUCUCAGGAUCAGAAGAUGUCGGAUGGACAAGCCUUGAGAUCUACGCGCAAGAACACUCUAGCUCUCCCGGACGAUGUUGAAAGCGACCCGUCCACUGCCACAUCCGUGAACGGAGUACCCGUCAACUUGGUUGACUACUUCUCUCAGCGCUCGGACGAGAUGGGAGAGGUCUUGGAACGCUACACACGGAACUUGAAAGAGAUUGAAGACCACCUUCACGGAGUUGAGGCGACUUUGGAACGACAGAUCCAUGACUUUGUGACAUCACGUAGUCGAGAUGGAGCAGCCGCUGGAGCCCCGAAGUCCAUCGUCAGCGAGCUUGCCACCGUUCUAGGCGAUGUUGAGGCUGGCAUAUUAGGCGUGGCCAGCCGUCUCGGUGGAGUUACUGAACAAGUGCAAGAGGUGGUUCUGGGCCCGCCCUCUGUUUCAUGA